AUGCCAGACGAAUACGUUAACGGAAAAACCAAAAAUGUUUCGAGCAUCGAAAAUAUAGCUCGAUCACCUUAUCUUAAUAAAGGAACUGCAACGUCGCUCUCCGCACGUAAUGCCCUGCAACUUACCGGCAUUUUCCCACCCGCAGUAGAAAACCUCGAGCAGCAAAAGAAACGAGCAUUAGUUCAAUUGCGUGCUAAAUCAUCAAAUUUAGAGAAAUAUAUGUUUCUUGCUUGGCUAAGAAACACUAAUGUUAGAUUAUUUUAUCGUGUCGUUAUCGAUGAAUUGGAGGAAAUGGCUCCAAUCAUAUAUACUCCAACUGUCGGUACCGCUUGUUUAGAGUAUUCCCAUAUUUAUCCUUUCCUCGCUCCACCAGGCGUACCGGACGGAUUAUACCUUUCUAUUGAUGAUCUCCCAAAUUUGACCCAAAUAAUCAAAAACUAUCAUCCAUAUCCAUUUGAUGAGUCUUUAACUCCACAAAUUGCCGUUAUCACCGAUGGUUCUAGAAUCCUAGGUUUAGGCGAUUUGGGUGUUAAUGGUAUGGGUAUUCCUAUUGGCAAACUUCAGCUUUACGUAGCUGGAGCUGGAAUUGACCCACGACGCACUUUACCAAUUACUAUUGAUCUUGGUACUAAUAAUGAGAAAAACUUAAAUGAUGAAUUUUAUCUCGGUCUCCGUAAAAAAAGAGUAUCCGAUGAUCAAUUUGAAGAUUUUUCUUCUGAACAUGCAUUUGAACUUUUGGCCAAGUAUCGUGACAACCUAUUUUGUUUCAAUGAUGAUAUUCAAGGCACUGGUGCUGUCAUUCUAUCAGGUUUCAUCAAUGCUGUACGGCUCGUAGAAAAGGAUGUUCAUCCAAAACAACAUAGAAUAUUGUUUUUCGGUGCUGGUUCUGCUGGUGUUGGCGUUGCCAAACAAUUAUUAGAGUUCUUUAAGAUAGAGCAUGGUAUGUCCGAAGAAGAGGCCAAAAAAUUGGUUUGGUUGGUUGAUACAAAGGGUCUUGUUACCCACGAUCGUGGUGAUAAAUUGGCUAAUCAUAAAGUUUAUUUUGCCCGUAAGGACAAUGAGGGUUGUCAAUAUAAAUCACUUAUGGAUGUCAUCGAAUAUGUUAAGCCUACCGCUUUAAUAGGCUUGUCUUCUACUGGUGGUGUAUUCGAUGAAACCAUAUUAAAACGUAUGGCUGAACUAAACAAAAAUCCUAUCGUUUUCCCAUUGUCCAAUCCAAUGGUUAAUGCGGAAUGCACAUUUGAAGAUGCGAUGAAACAUACUGAAAAUCGUGUCAUAUUUGCUUCGGGUACUGGUUUCCCACCAUUCAUUGAACAUGAUACCGGAAAAAUACGAUAUCCAGGUCAAGGAAAUAACAUCCCUGGUCUCGGUUUAGGUGCAAUUAUUGCCCGUCCAGAUAAAAUUACUGACCGCCAAAUAUAUGCUUCUGCUUCUGCACUCGCUGAAUCACUUACUGCUGAAGAAAUUGAACAAAACUUCCUUUACCCUGCAGUACAACGAAUUCGACGCGUAUCAGCUCGAGUGGCUGCUGCUGUAAUCGUAACAUCUGUGGAUGAAGGCCUUGCUUGUAAUCCUGAAAUUAAUUCAAUGGUUAAAAAAGAUUUGCAAGAAAUUUUAUCUCGAAAUGGUGAAAAAUGGCAAUCAUUGGUAAAAUAUGUUGAAGAAAGGAUGUGGGAUCCCAGUAUUGAAAAGUUUUUUUCAAGUGAUUCUUUGAUUGAGAAAAAUUUGCUAGAUUCUUUGGCCAAUGAAAUUGUUCAAGUAGAAGAAUAA